AUGGGUCUCUCCGUUUCCCGCCUCCUCUCCGGCCUUUUCGGCAAGAAGGAGAUGCGCAUCCUCAUGGUCGGUCUCGACGCCGCCGGUAAGACAACCAUCCUCUACAAGCUCAAGCUCGGCGAGAUUGUCACCACCAUCCCCACCAUCGGCUUCAACGUCGAGACUGUCGAGUACAAGAACAUCUCGUUCACCGUUUGGGACGUCGGAGGUCAGGACAAGAUCCGUCCCCUCUGGAGGCACUACUUCCAGAACACCCAGGGUAUCAUCUUCGUUGUCGACUCUAACGACCGGGAGCGUAUCACUGAGGCGCGCGAGGAGCUGCAGCGCAUGUUGAGUGAGGACGAGCUCCGCGACGCCCUUCUCCUCGUGUUCGCGAACAAGCAGGACCUUCCCAACGCCAUGAACGCUGCCGAGAUCACCGACAAGCUCGGCCUCCACUCGCUCCGCCAGCGCCAGUGGUACAUCCAGGCGGCGUGCGCGACUUCGGGUGACGGUCUCUACGAGGGCCUGGAAUGGCUCUCGACCAACCUCAAGAAGCGCGGCCAGUAA